CAUACUUGAAAAAACAAGUUGGUCCUGCUUCUGCUGAGAUCAAGUGGAAGGAAGAUGCAGCAAGUCUAAUUGAUGAGAAAAAAGUUUUCAUUGCUGGUGUGUUUCAAGAUUUUUCGGGUGAUGAAUUCGAAAAGUUCAUGACUUUAGCUGAAAAGUUACGGUCAGACUAUGAUUUUGGCCACACACUUGAUGCAAAACUCCUUCCUCGUGGUGAUUCAGUUGAUAAGCUAAGCCCACUCUUCGUCUAUUUAAACCAUUUGACGAGCUAUUUUCUGAUUUUCAGGACUUCCAAGUGGAUGCUAUGGAGAAGUUCAUUGCCGAAGCCAGUAUUCCCAUUGCUACUAUUUUUGAUGAAAACAAGGAAAAUCAUGCUUAUGUCAACAAGUUUUUUGAUAGUCCGAAUGACAAUGCAAUUCUCUUUGUUAACUUCAGUAGUGAGCUUGGUGCUUUCAAGCCCAAGUUCAAUGAUGUGGCUGUUCUUUAUAAGGGAAAGGGAAUCGGGUUUCUGUUGGCAGAUCUUGCAUCCAGUGCCGGUGCACUUCAGUAUUACGGAUUGAAGGAAGAUCAGAGGCGGGGGAAGGUGGAUCCGUUCAUACGAUCAGAGGCUAUACCAGAAGUCAAUGAUGAACGAGUGAAGGUGGUUGUAAGGGAUAGCCUUGAUAGCAUGGUUUUGAAAUCGGGGAAGAACGUUCUGCUGGAAUUCUACGCUCCUUGGUGUGGCCACUGCAAGAAGCUAGCUCCAAUCUUGGAUGAAGUUGCAGUGUUCUUCGAGAGUCAUCCUGAUGUCUUGAUAGCGAAACUGGAUGCAACUGCAAAUGAUGUCCCUACCCAAAAGUUUGAGGUUCAAGGGUACCUAACCCUGUACUUCAUAUCUUCAACUGGUGACAUAAUACCAUAUGAAGGUGAUAGAACAAAAGAUGACAUUAUUGACUUCAUCCAAAAGAACAAGGGUAGUAAUAAACCCGUUGAGUCAGAAGACUCGGUUAAAUCAGACUCAAAAGAAUCCGCAAAGGACGAGCUUUGAGAGGGUUGCAGAGUAAAGAGUGUGGCGAAGGCAAAGUUCAAGUUUUCCCAACUGAGAAGGCUACCUUGUUUUUUUUCCUACCUAUUAUUGUGGCUUUUGCAGUUUUGUUUUUGGAUGAAUAAAACGUUGUUUUUUCU